UUGUGUCUACACCGGUUGUCAGAAAAGGAGACUUUUGUUUUGUUUUUGUUUAUGUCACCAAAUCGAGAUGUCUGAGAAGUCUGAUGAUGAGCUGCCAUUUGUGUGCAAUGAGAGAGGCUGCGGAAUGCGAUUCACCAAUGAGGACCACCUGUCAGUACACAUGAAGAAGCAUGACCUUUGUUUGGCCCUCUGCCUCACCCCGGGGGGCAUAUCACCCAGUUUUGGGGGCCUUUUCACAGACCAGACCCCUACGCCAACCAAGUUCUUGAAGAGCUGUGAGGAGAUAGGUCUGUUCCAAGACCUGGUGCAUAAGAAUCCCUUUGAGGACUCCUUCAAGAAGGCAAUGGGGGAUCAUGGGGACAAUGCCAAUCUUGCAAGGAGUAUGAGUCACACAGAAUCUGGUGACCUAGAUACACCUAAGCUCUCAGUGCCGAAGAUCUUGAUUGGUGACAACGACACGGACGACAACACCCAAGAUGCAGUUAAGCCUCCUAAACCUCCAGAUAUCACCAUCUCUUCCAUUGUGCCGAAAAAGAGAAAGAAGUUUUUGAGAACGAGCUUCAGUCAAGCUGUCUCCACGACGUCAGAUGAGGAGGACUCCAUUGUUGGCUCCACCUCCACCAUUGAGUCGCCUAGCAACAAGAAUAACCAAACAAAGACAAGCCAAUCCCUGGAGACUGGGAGUGACCCUGAAAGUGUUCCCAUAUCAGCCGAAUCCAUGGCCGAGAUCUUGAUGGCCUCUGUUGUUUCUUCGACGUCAAGCAUUGUUAAAACGGACGCUCAUGCUCGACCAGUUCCAUCUAAAAUUCGUAAACAGGAAGUGAAGGUUUCUUCAGCAGUUUCCAGUAGUGUCUCAGUAGCUGUUGUGUCUAACUCUGGGAUAUCACAACUGGCCACUCAGCCUGCGCAGGCAGUUCAGUCCAGCCCCCAGAUGAUAGUAGUCCUCAUGCAGCUCCCUAAUGGCCAGACUAUUCCCGUGCAGAUACCAGUGUCCAACAUUGCCUCAUCCCAACCACUACAGUACCUCACCGCCCAGUCACAGAAUACGCCGAUGAUUCUGCACCAGUCCAAUCCAGUGAUGGCCGCUGCAGCAUCUAACAUCGGUCCACAGAUUGUAACCAAUGGAAACACCCAAGCUGCAAAAUUUCCAAUUUUACCAAAUGCAGGUAUGUCGUCAACGUCCAACGGUGGCAGUGUGUACAUCACUUUACCAACCACUCCCACUGUUGCAGCUAGCCCCGUAGGCUUUAGUCUGCAACAUUGUCGCACUGGGGCGCAGAUCUUACCAAAUCUGGGAUCCCAGCAUCAAGUUAUGGUCCUCCCCACCAGCUCGGUGGUUUCGUCCAUGCAGAACAUGGCCCCUGUGGCAUCUGUCAGCUCUUCCUAUCAGACUGCUGGGUCCUCUGGGACAACAUUCUCAGGCAGCCAGUCAUACACUAAAGAGCGUUUGAAAGCGGCCAUUAAGCAACAGACGACUCCAACCCACAUUGCGCGGGCUGGUAACAAUCUGCUGUCCACGCUCGUGCUGAAGAUUGAGCCUAACACCUCAGUAGACACCGUCUCGUCCUCGAGUAAUGUCACCUCGCCUGAAGACUACAGUGGAAGAGAGGUGGACGGUGCAGACUCAAAUGAUGAUUCAGAAUCAAAAAGGAGUAAAUUCCUGGAAAGAAACAGGGCAGCAGCUGCGCGGUGUAGACAGAAACGAAAGAAGUGGGUGGAAACGCUCGAGAAAAAGGCCAGCGAUCUCGCAACAGUCAACAACAGACUCAAUAGUGAAAUCAACAAGCUGCGUUCUGAGGUGGCAGGGUUGAAGACGUUACUGUUGGCCCACAAGGAUUGUCCAGUGACCCAACAGCAGCGCAUACACGGCCAACUAGGGGAAUGUGAUCAGCUACAGAUCAUUGAGGACAGUGCUGAGCAAGCAACAACAUUAAACAUGAGGAAUAUUGUGACAUCAGUUGACAAUGAAAGCCAUUCUAUCAUCUCCAUGCCUCAUUCCCUACCUCAGCUGAUAACACCAAUGACUCUAAAGGGUAACCAGUCUACUGCUCAGACUAUAGUGAGCUUGCAGCAAGCUGCGACCCAGUCUACAAUGGGACUUCCUGUUACCCUAGUGCAUGCUGGGACAUCUUCUGGCAGUCAUAUGACCACUGCAGCAGGUGGGAUGAGCCAUCUUAGUGUGAUAACAGGACCAAACACGAUAUCUCUGCUGCCAAAAAUUCUCAACUUUGAUGGAAAGUUGCAUAUUGUUACAGGUUCACGGACCUGAGGAAUACAUCUUGUGGUUUUACUGAAUACAAUAGCAGCACUAAAAAAACUGGUAGCCUAGUCCUAGGCAAUCUUGAAAUGGCUUGAAAUUGAAUACAAAUCCAUUUGGCACUACAUUUAUAAUUUAAUUUUUACAUGAAACAUGCUAAUUUAGAGAAACAUCACAGUUUUGGUUGUUAAACUACCAAUUUACAAUGCAAAAGGUAGUCAAGAUGUUGAACUGAGGACAGUAAAAUAAAGGUCUUAUUAUGCCCCCCUUCGAAGAAGAGGGGGUAUAUUGCUUUGCUCAUGUCGGUCGGUCGGUCUGUCGGUCUGUUGGUCCGUCCACCAGGUGGUUUCCGGAUGAUAACUCGAGAACGCUUGGGGCUAGGAUCAUGAAACUUCAUAGGUACAUUGAUCAUGACUCGCAGAUGACCCCUAUUGAUUUUGAGGUCACUAGGUCAAAGGUCAAGGUCACAGGUAAAGGUCACAGUUACUGGAAAUAGGCAUUUUAAGGAUUUAGCAUGGUUCAAACAAGGGAAACAACUACGGUUUAUGCAUGCUCUUUAUAUUACAGAUUUGCCUCCCUUUAAUUCAUUCAAAAUCUCAUUUUACAGCAGAGAUUCCAAAUCUGACCUGUAAAUGAACCCCAUAUUUACUGCCAGUGCAGUUUGUUUUACAAACAGCCCUUGUUUCAAUUUUAACAUACAAAUUCAUGCUAGAAUCAUUUUUACAGAUUACACACAUCAUUCUUUUUCAGCCGAUAUGAGCCGCAUUAUGCAAAAAUGAGUUCUUGCUGAGAUAAAUGUGUCAAUCUAUCAUCACAGCAAUGAGUUGACACAAAUGAUAUUCACUACCAGAUCUGAAUACUUAUUUAUUGUGUGUUUAAUUCAGAUUAACUGAUAGAUGAUUUUCACUGAAAUUUAAUAUAUUAAGAUUGUGUCAUUUUGUUACUGUGUCAUUUUGUUACUUUUUAUUUUAGUGUAAUUUCUCGUUAAAUGAUAAUUCAUUAAAUUGUGGAUCAAUUAAAAUAAAAUUUCUAUGAGGUAUUGAAAUUUAUUAAUUUUGUUUAUAUUCCAAAUUUAAACAUAAUCUGUUAAAAAAAUAAUCAAGAAAUAAGAUCAAUGUAAGUUGACAUUGUAUCUUUGCAUGUAUGUAUAAAGGGGGGGGGGGGCUUCUUUUCACUUUAAAGAUGCAUACUCUUCUUUGAAUAAUUGACUGGUGUGAUAUUUAGUUUAAUAUUAACCACAAAAAACUACAAAUACACAUUUACCUUUUUUAUUUUAAACCAAGUACCAAUAAUGUCUGCAAUGCUAUUCUGAUUUUAAUGAUGUAUAUAAAUAAUAUUUAUUAUUUAUUUCCUCAAGCAUACAAUAAUGAUAUGAAACAAAAAUAUUGCAUUUGUAUGGAUCCCUUAACUUGUGUGGCAUGAACAUUGGCAUUAUUAACCCUUCUUUCGACGCAUGUGUAGGCCAUUAGAACAUUAAAUUUAAGACCUUUUUCACUACAUUAAAGUUUUAAAGGUUUCAUUUCCAACCCUUAGAUACUGAUGAGCAGCAAACAGCAUAAAACCUGAACAGACUGCGAGUUACUCGCAGGCUGUUCUGGUUUUAUGCUUUUUGCACAUAGAAAUUUUCACUUUGCUUAUGGGAAAGGGUUUUAAAAAAGUGCUGUCAUUUUCUGCGAUAUUUUGUCUUAAAUUUUAUGCUGGGGAUUUUUCAUGAUUGUUCAUGAAAUCGAUGCUAUAAAGGAAAGUUGUUGAGAAUUAUGAUGACUAAAUGCUUGUGGUGUUGAACUAGAAAGUAACAAGUAAACCUUCAGUUGCUACUGCUUUAAAGGUAGUUUAAAAUGUCAAUAAAUUUCCUAGACAUUUAAAUUUAUUUAAUUUGUUGUUUGUCUUUAAAGCGGGUAUAUACGAUUUUGUCAAAUAUUUAUGAAUUUAUAUAAACUGUGUAAAAAACUUAUUAUAUAUAUAUUUCAAUAUAAAUUAAAAUAAAAGUUAAGAAGAACAUGUGUUGAGAAAUGUAAAAUAAGCCAGAUAUUUAAUUCUGAAAUAGAAAACGGCUGUACAGCUGAAUUCGCCAGCAUGUAUACCAUACAUGUACGAUGUGCAUCUAAACUUAGUUUAACGGUUUAUUUGAAUUCCUGCAACGAUAUCUAUUCAUACGACACACGAACACUAUCUACGAUCCUCAUACAAAGACGAAUGCUUCGGUUAUUGUAGGAAAAUAUGUACGUCACUAUCGGCUCGGAGCGCUAAUUUGUCUUUGCUGCAUUUUAUGAAAUUCGGCUUUAAUGUAUAAUUUUUCUUGCCUAUUUUGUGUUAUUGUAACAUAUUUUAUCAAUAUAUUACAAUUAAACACAUAUAAAAAAUCGUAUAUACCCGCUUUAAGUGAACCUUUAAUUAUGACCAAUUCUCAAUGUAGAUUAUUUCAUGUUUGAAUAAUUAUGAUAAAACAUGAAAAAUGUCCAGCUAAUACAGUGAUAGGAAAUCAGAAAUAUACAGAGAAGCAUAAUACAGAAUAUAUAGUCUGUCUUCUUGUAUUUCAUGGAUUGGUGAUGGACAUAUUUUGUGUGAAAAAGAAGUGCCUAGCAAAUCAAUGUGAUUUUUAUGUAUUCGAACUUUGUAUCACAAAAUCUAUUGUUGUUUGGUAGUCACUGCAUUGAAAACUAUGUGGUUUUGAAGGAAAUGAGUGAGUCUUAAGAAUCAUUGGUCAAUUAUUCAUGAAAACUUGAUGUUUAUAUAUUUAUGCGAUAAUAAAAUUCACACAAAACAAGAAAACAUCUUUCUGCAAGGUAAUUGUUUUUCAAAUUUAAGAUUGCUGUAUUUUAGAUGAUAAUGAUACCGUUAACAAAUUUAAGAUUGCUGUAUUUUAGAUGAUAAGGAUACCGUUAACAAAUUUAAGAUUGCUGUAUUUUAGAUGAUAAGCAUACCGUUAACAAAUUUAAGAUUGCUGUAUUUUAGAUGAUAAGCAUACCGUUAACAAAUUUAAGAUUGCUGUAUUUUAGAUGAUAAGCAUACCGUUAACAAAUUUAAGAUUGCUGUAUUUUAGAUGAUAAGCAUACCGUUAACAAAUUUAAGAUUGCUGUAUUUUAGAUGAUAUGGAUACUGUUAACAUAAGGACAUUCUGAGUUUAUGUCUUGCUGCUUCUUUUAUCCAAUAAAUGUUUUAAUGUGUAUUUGAAAGGCCUGAGUUUUACCAACACUGUAUUUUUAUUUAAAUGCAUGUAUAAUUAUGUGAGCUAAUUUUUCACUACAAGUUUUAUGUCAUUAUUUAUCAAUCUUGUGCAAUGUAUACCUGUAUUAUAUAUGUUUAUAGUUUAUUGUAACAGCAAAUCAUCCUUAUAUCUUCAUAAUUCAACAGAUUUUUGUUGUGUCUAAUUUCUUUAUAUGUCAAGACUGUCAAGAAUGUUAAGAUAUUUCUCACCUUUGCAAGGCAAACAUGUAAACCGUAGAAUAAUUUAUUUCAAUUUUUUCAGCAUCAUCCUGUCAUUCCAGUCAAGUGUUUCUUUGAAGGCAAUUAAAAUAUUAAAUUUUCUAUUUUAAUUUAAUUUUACAAAAAAUUUAAUUCUAAUUUGACUUCACGUUUUCAUGUUCAGAAUAAGUAGCCCCCUCCGCAUAAUUAAUUACAGUGUGUUCUUCUUUUGAUAAGUGAGCAUAGUGUACUUUGUGUACAGGGUAUGCCCUUUUUUAAUGGCUGCAUGUAGAUGUAGUCUGCAAUAGACUUGUGAUAUUUUUGAAUAUAUGUUACACUUUCAAAUCUAAUUACAUAUUUAUGAAAUAAACAAAUUUCUAUUUGUAGCAUAUGAGAAGUUUAUAAAUUCUCUUUUACAAAUAUUGGUAGUUUUGUGUACAUGAAUAUAUCAUAUCUAAAACAUCUAGCACAGUUAAAACGUCCAUCUUAUUACAAUGUGAGAAAUGAUGUCUGUUUUGAUAUUUCAGCAUGUGCAGUCUGUGUACUAAAAUGUUGAUCGCACAACUGAAUGUCUGGGUAUUUAACCCUUUGCAUGCUGGGAAAUUUGUCGUCUGUUAAAAUGUUGUCUGCUGAAUUUCUAAAAUAUGCAUUUUCUUCGAUUUUUUUUAAAGAAUACUGUCAGAAUAGUAAACAGUUUGGAUCCUGAUGAGACGCCACGUUCUGUGGCGUCUCAUCUGGAUCCAAACUGUUGGCAAAGGCCUUCAAAAUUCGGUUCAAGCACUGAAAGAGUUAAAACAGUUUAAUUUCACAAGUAAUGGAUGCCUCGAGAUUAUCUGCGGACACAUUUAGAUAACGACAUUGUCCCUUGCCCAUUUUGCAAAAUCCAACCUGGACACAAUAUCUGUCUCUUACAAAUGUUUAAAUGGAGGCAUUGAAUUGGAUUUGAAAUUCAGAUCAUUUCUUAAUGUUCGCUAGACACUAGAAACAUUGCUGUUAUUAGAAAUAUUAAACAUUAACCUUUAACAUGACCUGACAUUUGGGGCAUGUCCUGGUUUAAUUCUUUAAUCUUCUCCACAUUGGCAUCAUGCUGUCUGGAGAAGUCCCUGGUUAAUGCAUCCAAAACAGAUCCUGUGGCAUAAAAUAACUUAACUAUUAUAUUUAAGGUCAUUAGCUGAUUUUUUUCUUUGGAUACAUCUUUUUCAUUGUUCUGAUUACAUAAAUCACUGAUUUUAUUUCAAAAAUAAAAUGUAUACAUUACAAAUCUCUUUACACAUUUCCCUGGUAGUCGACACAUGUUAAAACAUCUAACAUUUGAUAACAUCCCAAAUAACAUCAUGCCAUCAAUGUUUUCCUGAACAAAUACAAUAUCAAGAAAUCUCUUUUGACUGACUUUUAAGUGUUUUUCUUAUCAUAUUGUUUAUUAUUGAACUACAUAGUUUUGAAAGUGUUACAUACAUUUUUGAAAACCCUGUAUGUUUCUUAGAUUUUUGUUGAUGAAGUAGAUUGCAUGUUUCUGUUAUAUUUUUCUGUUUUUCCCUACCUGUUCAAAAGUGCCAUCUUGUUAUAUAAUCAACUCUAGAAAGGGAUACAUUUACAGAGCUUUUUUAAGUAGGAAAACAACUUUAUGUUUUUAGCUCACCUGGGCCCAACAGCCUUAUGGAGACCUUUAUUUAAAAAUUUAAUAGCAUUUUUCUGCAUUUCAUCGGUGUAUGAACUGUUGCAUAAUUUGCAUAAACGCCGAUUAAUCUAGCGUAUGAAUCUAUUUUCAGUUUCGGUUUCAUCUCCGUCCAAUGGUUAUAUCGUUGAAGUUCGCGCAAAAAAUAUAACGUCAUUUCGCUAUUGACCAAUAAAAAACAAUGCCAUUAAGUUUCGCGCAAAACAUGACGUCUUUUUGGCAACUUGUUUAUGACCAGAAAGUAGUGCUAUGAUUAUUCAUGUUUAAAUUUGCAUACAAAGUGGGUUCAUUGGAUAAUGAAAAACCGGUCAUGUGAACAAAUUAUCCAAUCAGAAUGCAGCAUUCAUAUGAAAGUGACAUAAGUUGUAAUAAUUGAUACUUUGGUGUCCUGGGUCUGUUUUCUAGCCUGUGUGUGCUUCCCUGUGCUUGCAACUUUUGUCUUCAAGUUGCAUCUGCUAUACCGCUGGGCAGAUAACGAUAAAGCUAUACAAUUAGUUUCCUUGGUUGGUCCUUUAUGCAAGUUUUUGAAAUCGUUCCAGUCCAUUUAUUAAAAAGGUCAAAGGGCCCCCAAAAAGGGUUUGAAAAUAACAAUGCCACUAAUCUUCACUCUUAAACUGCAAGGCCCGUAGGUUUCAUACUUGGUAUAUAGCAUUGUAUUGUGGUCUUUUGCAUAAUUUGUUAAAACAAUUGCCCUAGCCAUGCCCCUUGGGUCACAAUUAGUACAUAGACUAAAAUAGAGAAUUAAUUUUUUUAAUUCUAUCGGAAGCCACAUGGCCAACGGCUUUUAUAUAAGGAUAUGUAACAUCAUAAAGACAUUGUCUAAAGAGUUUGUUAAAAUUGGCCUUGCCUUGUGGAUCACUUGUUUUUAUUUUACAGUGACUUAGAGUGUGUGUUAAGCAGGAGGCAAAUUGAAGUUGUCAAAGUGGCAACCUUAGGCAGGGAACCGCUUUUGAGACAAUAGGUGUGCUGAUUAAACUUUGUUAUUCUUAGAAACAUUAAAUACCUUAAUCAAAAUCUCUGAUAAUAUUUUAAUGUCUUACUUAACAUGCAAAUGUACCGUGUAUACUCGCACUGGUUACUUAACUUACUGGCAAACUCCUUUGCUUUCUCCUUAACCCUUUGCAUGCUGGGAAAUUUGUCGUCUGCUAAAAUGUCGUCUGCUGAAUUUCUAAAAUUAGCAUUUUCUUUGAUUUUUUUUCAAAGAAUACUAUAUUAGAAUAGCAAACAGUUUGGAUCCUGAUGAGACGCCACGUUCUAGGCCUUCAAAAUACGGUUCCAGCACUGAAAGGGUUAAUCUUAAGUCCAGAAAUAUUAACUGUAUGACCCAUAAACUCAUUGUUUACCCUUAACCACUUAGAUAUGUAUUUUGACGCAUUUGUGGUCCGUUAGAAAGUUACAUUAAAUUAAAGACCUUUCUUACAAGAUUCAUAUUUUAAAGGCUUCAUUUCAAACCCUUAGAUACUGAUGAACAGCAAACAGCAUAAAACCUUAACAGACUGCGAGUUACUCGCAGGCUUUUCUGGUCUUAUGCUGUUUUCACAUAGCCAUUUUCAAUUAGUUUCUGAGUGGGAAAGGUUAAGUUAACUGACUUACAGGCAAGAUUCCAAUUAAUUGAUUUUGUAAAUGAGGAAAUAAUAAAUAGUAUAACAUUUAACUCAUUAUUAUACAGCAGUUGAAAUGCCUACUAGCAUAAUAUGUUCAAAAAUUAAUUAUAUUUCUUUAAUUUAUAUUGAUAAACAUUAUGUCUUUGAUAGUUCUUUGUAUAGGAAAAAAAUAGGUAUUGUUUUUUAUGUGCUUCUAUCUGUGAUUUUAAUUGUUCAGUGGUUUCAGGAUCAACAAAUAUAUUUGGAUUAACAGAAUAGAAUCACCAUGUAGUUGCUGUACAUUUUGUUGUUAGCACUUCAAGUGUUUUAAUGUAAUAAAAAAUUCUUCAACAAUCACACUGUAGGAUCAUUUCAUAUACAUUAUAAUAUGAUUUUGUUUGCUUCAAAUUGACUUAUUGCAAACCACUAUGCAUUCAUGUAUUUGUGACUGUUAAUCAUUAGGUUUUGUUUCUUGUCUUUCUUUUCUUCUAUCAUGCUAAUUCACUACAUGUUCAGCAAAUAGCUUACAAAUACACAUGUAAAUAAAUAAAUGAUAAAAAGAUUAAAAA